ACAGCUUUUGUGAUCGUCGUUUUUCAGGCUAUUGACUAUGUAAAGCUGCGUAAACCAUAUGUAAUAAAUGAUUUGAAGCGGCAGUAUGACUUGUUGGAUCGACGGAAGGUAUUCCGAACCCUUGCCAAAGAAGGCAUUGAACAUCCUAGACAUGGUGUUUUGAUGAGAAGUGACUCAAAUGAAGAAGAUGGCGUCCUAGUCGAGCACAAUGACCACAUAGAAGUAAAUGGUAUGGUUUUCAACAAGCCUUUUGUUGAGAAACCAGUGUCAGCUGAGGACCACAAUAUUUAUAUCUACUAUCCGAGUUCGGUUGGUGGAGGAUCGCAAAGGCUAUUUAGGAAGAUUAACAAUCGAAGCAGUUGGUAUUCACCAGUAAGCGAAGUUCGUAAAGAUGGCUCUUAUAUCUAUGAGGAUUUUAUCCCAGCCGACGGCACAGAUGUGAAGGUAAUUUGGCUCACAUUCUAUAGCUUUGCUGUUUGCAGCGCUAUUUCUGCUUAUCCAUUUCUCUUGGGUGAGAUUUGAAA